AAUUCGUGAAAAAUAAAACCUAUUAAAAACACGCUAUUAAUGACUUUUGAAGUCCUUUUGUUCUCAGCAGGGCAGUUGAUCUCGCAAAGCAGUUGAUCUGUGAUCUGAUCGGGUCAGUACUUUUCGACUCACCCAGAAAAGUAUCCCUAAAAUGGUAUUAGCCCUUGUAACUUACGAGUUGGACCUACACAUCUGACAUAAUGUGCCAGGAGCCUCUUCCUAUCGUCCCACCAAAGCAGUUUCCCUUCUGCGUUGUGUGGACUCCGAUCCCUGUCAUCUCCUGGCUCCUGCCGUUUGUGGGCCACAUGGGCAUCUGUACUUCGAAGGGUGUGAUAUUGGAUUUUGCGGGGCCCUACUUCAUAAGCGUGGACAGCCUGGCCUUUGGAAAUCCUGCCAGAUAUGUACGCCUGGAUCCUGCCAAGGGAUCAGCCGCCGCCAGCGCUCCUGCGGUCUCCAGGCCAGCACCGGCAUGCGCAGGCGAAGACAUUCAAUGGGACACUACUUUGCAGGCGGCAUCAGAGGAAUACAAAAUGCGCAUGUACAAUUUUCUUACCGACAACUGCCACAAUUUUGUGGCGCACUUCCUCAACGAGCUGAGCUAUGGGGGCUCCUCAGACUGGAGUGCCGUCUGCUUGGCGGUCAUGGUGUUCCUGAAGGGGCGGUAUGUGGGCUGGUGGGGGGCAGUCAAGACAUGGCUGCCCUUCUGCACCAUCAUGGCAAUUGGGCUAGCCUUUGGGACUUGGUACUUUGCCCUGGCAUGGACCUGCGGCCUAGUGCUGCCUCUGGUGCUCUGGUUUGUCAUCCGACUGUAUCUCCUCAAAGGUCCGAGUGUGAGGCAGCAGCCUUAAAUUGCGCAGAGGAAGUAGACUUUGUAGCUUCUCUGCUGAGGUCAAAUGAUUCCAUGAAUUUUAAUCAAGUGCAUGGGGCCUGCCACUGGCAGCAGAUCUUAUGAACAGAUCAUACUUCUAGACACCGUCCUGGUAGCAGGUAGUUCCAUCAGCAGCAUUGUGUGAACUGCCAAGGACGAAAGAAAUUGAAGAUGGAGCUUGAGCAGAAUCAAUCAUGAUGCAUUCUGUGGCAGAUAUUUUAUUUCCAUAAGUUUGUCAGUGCUCAGGUUGUGGCAUAAUGAUUACUGCUGCCCUCCCUGCAGCAGAACUGUUGCACUAGUACCUCUUCAGAUGUGUAACUUAAUUUGCGCUGAAAGAAGUCUUGCAGCACAGCAAAGAGCAUGUCUGUGCUGCGUCAGUCAUUUGGUGACGCCACCUAGAGGUCAUCUGGUUACUGAAGGCCCUUUGCAGGGCCCUGACCCGUUGAUAUCGAAAACCCCCAGGCGGCCAGAACUCGUUUGCACAAGUGAGGAAGGAAUGAAAUAAGUGUGUGAAGAUCUCUCAAGAGUCAUCAAUGCAGAAGGAAGGAAGGGGCUUUAAGGUGCCUUGCCUUGCACUUCUUUGGAGGCUGAGAGUUGACAGUGAGAGGAAUGUGUAAGCUGAACAUUCAGCCGU